UCUCAAGAGAAUAAAACAGACACACCGGACAGCACUGGCAGCUGAGAUUAAUCAGACCAAGAGUGAUUUCUUACCAUGGAUCCCAUGUCUCUGCGGCUGUUUGUGGCCCUAAGUUUAUUGGUGCAAUUUAUUUCGGCCAGUCCCAUCAUGGGGUUGGAAGAUGACUUGCCUUUAUAUGAUGAAGACCUUACGGAACAGGAUGGGUUUGAUUUCAAUUCGUUACUGGAAACCAUGAAAGAUGACUUCCUGAAAACUCUAAAUCUCACUGGGAUCCCAGUCCAGGCACCUGUCAAGGUGGAGCCGCCGGAAUACAUGCUAGAACUUUACAACAAGUUUGCAAAGGACCGAACUACCAUGCCUUCUGCUAAUAUUGUACGCAGCUUUAAAAAUGAAGAUUUCUCUAUCCCAUACAGUGAUGUCAUGGGUGUAAAGAAGUAUCCCUUACUUUUCAAUGUUUCAGUACCUCACCACGAGAUAAUAGUCAUGGCUGAACUUAAGCUGUACAUGCUUGCUCCAAAAAGCAGUGUGAUAUAUGAUGGAGCAGGCAGGAAAGUAACCGUUUAUGAAAUACACAGUGAUGAAGAAGACACCAGAAAGGCAGUGGAACUGUCUUCUAGAUUGAUCUACAAAACCAGCAAUGAGUGGGAAAUGUUUGAUCUUACAGAGGUUGUCCGACGCUGGAGCAAAUCAUAUUUUACAACCCGCAUACUGGAAGUUCACAUACAAAAUCCAGAAAUUGAUUUGGAAGAUACAGGAGAAGACAAAUUAGAUAUUGAUGUUAAACCAGAGAGCAGGCAUGAACCCCUGCUUGUUGUCUUUUCAGAUGAUCAAAGUAGCGAAAAGAAGGAGGAGAAGGAGGAACUGAAUGAAAUGAUAAGCCAUGAGCAGGCAUUGGAUGAGAAUGUGGAAUUUGGAGGACAAAAUAACAUGCCCAGUGAGGAGUCCUUGCUACAGAUGAGGUCUAACAUCAUCUAUGAUGCCAGUUCUCGAACCAGGAGAAAUGCAAAGGCUAACUACUGUAAAAAGACCCAACUGUACAUUGACUUCAAAGAAAUUGGAUGGGAUUCCUGGAUCAUUGCACCAUCUGGUUACGAUGCAUAUGAAUGCCGAGGCGUAUGCUCCUACCCACUAACGGAACAUGUCACACCAACCAAACACGCUAUAGUGCAAACACUGCUUCACAUGAAGAAUGCCCAAAAAGCAAACAAACCCUGUUGUGUUGCCACCAAACUUGACCCUAUAUCCAUCCUCUACAUGGAUGCUGGAGUAGUUACUUACAAGUUUAAAUACGAAGGCAUGGUAGUAUCAGAGUGUGGCUGCAGAUAGUACUAGUGGAAGGCUUGGUAAUGGUGCCUUGUCUUGUAAAUUUGUACAUUUUGUAUGUCCUUAUUUAAAGAGUUUAUUUAAGAAUGUGUGUACAGAUAAUAUAUGGUUUUUUUAAAUGCUACUAUAUGGGCCAUCUUAAACGCGGUGCAAAGUAAUAAGGCACUAUCUAUUCUAUUUGAUUUUUGAGCUACGGGGUGUUCUAUUGCUUUGCAGAGCAAAGUAAACAAGGCUCUCCAACCUCUUCACUGCUGGUCAUGUCAUCUCUAAAGGGGUUUAACUGCAACAAUGUUUCCAUGGAGGUAACAAGGCACCCGGCAGCUCAUGUCCAGACUGAUCUCUGCUUUAAAAUGCCAUGUUAUUUGGGACAGUAUUGGAAAUUUGGUACAAAUGAGUGGGGCUAACAUGUUAUAUUGUUGUCACUGCCUUUAAAUUGAACAUAGAAUUGCCAGGUCCCUUGUGGGUUUGCACAUGAUGGAUUUUUCCUUCCCAGCAUCAACGUAAGACUUAAGAUGGCGUAUCCUAAAAUAAUGGUGGGAUGAGUAUGUGAAUCUGGUUAUAGUUAUGUAUAACUGCAGGCUGAAAUAAGAUAUACAGGAAAUCCAUUAAAACUGAUUAUGCAAAAUUA